AUGUGUGUGUGUGUUCUGUUUCAGAUCAUUACCUUUGAUGAGCUAAGGACGGAUUUCCAGAGUCCGGUGGACCAGUGCAACCCUGCCCACGCGAGGGAACGGCUGAGGAACAUUGAGCGCAUUUGCUUCUUGCUGCGAAAGCUGGUGCUGCCCGAGUACGCCAUCCACAGCCUCUUCUGCGUCAUGUUCCUGUGUGCUCAGGAGUGGCUCAGCCUGGGACUCAAUGUCCCCUUGCUUUUCUACCACUUCUGGAGGUACUUCCACUGUCCGGCAGACAGCGCAGAGCUGGCCUACGACCCACCUGUAGUCAUGAACGCAGAUACCUUGAGCUACUGCCAGAAGGAGGCCUGGUGUAAGCUGGCCUUCUACCUCCUGUCCUUCUUCUACUACCUGUACUGCAUGAUCUACACCCUGGUGAGCUCCUAA